CUAGGUCUGCAGGGGGAACUGGUCGUAUACCCUGUUGUAACCAUUGAGCGCUGUAAAGGACCUGCUGCUAGUGAUGGUAACUCCUUGUACAAAGGUCAACCUGAGAUACUGGAGGUGAGAACACAGCACAGCUCAGAAUCUGACUACUUAGCAAGAGGUGACCCUUCAAGCAAUAGCUCCUUCCAUAGCAGCGAGGGAGAAGGGACAGACCAUGAGGGAGACAUUUUGGAUUGUAGUGGGUCCCGGCCUUUACUUAUGGACUCUGAAGAGGAAGAGGAGUCCUGUAAGUUGCAACUGGUACCCAAAGAAAGAGCGAAGGCUUCCGAAGAUGAUGGCAAUCCCCAGCCUUCUCGAAGUGGGAUAGGGGAUGUAUUGUUCCCAGCCUUUCAGCCGCACACAGGAGAAUUUUUCAGUGAGCCUGAUGUCUUUGCCACAGCUCCUUUCCGAAGCUCAAGAAAAGUGCGCGAUGACCUGGAUGUCUUUUCCAAAGCGCCCUUCAUUUCCAAGAGUGCUGUGGCUGUGCGGCAACCAGAAGAAACGGAUGUAUUUCUGAGAGCUCCUUUCACUAAAAAGAAAAGCUUGGAAGAGUUGCUGCCACACAGCCCAUCUAAGGAGCCUCAUGUACCUGCUGCUUUCCUCAGUCGGGGUGAUGAUCAGCAUGUCGUUAACGCUGUGUUCCAAAAUUUGGAUACAGGAAUGCAUGGGUCGUCUGUCUCAGCUAGACCUCAGUAUCCUAUAGUAGGGUUCACUCAGCCAGCAAGCCUUCCACCUCACUCCAUAAGAGCAGUGGAGCCACAGGAAAGUGUUCCUCCCAAAGGAUCGCUGAAAGAGCAUAGCAGUGUUCCUAAUGACAGAAGCCAAGGACAUGCGCUCCCACAGGAUGCCCUCUUGGGCUCCGCGGUUAGCAAGCCUUUCCAUCCACAGUCGUUAUCCAAGUACUCCCGUCACUACAGUCCAGAAGAUGGCCAGGGUCUGGAUGUCCAACCCAUAGCAGCUUAUAAGGUGGUUUCUCAGACCAACAAACAGGCAAUAGCAGGAUCUGUCUCUAUUGCUUCUCUCUCUUCCAGGACUACAGAGCUGCCUAGUGCUGACCCGUUUGCUUCAGCACCUUUCCCUUCCAAAUCGGGAAAGCAAAAGCCUUAAGUAGUCUGCUGUGAGAUGGGAGACAGGCUUCUGAUUUAAACUCUCUCUCAAGGACCUUCAGGCUCUUAGUAGAAAUGAGCAAUGAGCAGUACUUUCCCCCAACCUUUAUUCCAAACUCCAGUUGCAGUGAUAUUUAGUUGAACCAUUUUAAGUUAUAUUCUAUUGAAUGCCUAGCUCUCAAGGGUCUUCACAUCCUAUUUUAGUUGCUACCUUUCCUCCUCCCCCAUUUCUCUUUAGAUGCUUCUCUGAACCAGUAAUAUUUUGUACUUGCUGGCUUUGGCAGGGUGAAUACCUUGUUCAAUUUGUUACUGUUGAUACUGGUAUACAACUAGGAUUACAGAGCAAGUCAAGCAGGACUGGCUAAUGCUCUGGGGAGGAAAUCGGUUCACAGGCCAAAAAGGUUGUCAUUAUUGUUUUCCUACCAAGGGGAAUUCUGGAAGCGAUCAGAGUAGAAGCCUCCCAAAAGCGUAUAACAAAUGCCGUAACCAAACCAACAGCGGUAGAUUGAGAACAUAGCUCCUUGAUGAUGAACUGUAUGUGUAUUUACAGAAUAUAUGCAUGUUGAAUGAAAGUCGCACAGCUGCCAGAAGUCUAGCAUGAGGACUAUGCACUAUUGAAGUUCCACAUAAGUGAAAAUAUAGCCUUGUGUUGGCCUUAUGCAUACAGACAAUUGUUACUCAGUAAUGCCUCAAAGUACAUGUCUAUCUGUUGGCAAACCCUACUGGAGGCAGUGAAAAGGCUCCCAAGACUUUCAGUGGGUUUCAGUGGGGUUUUGGAUCCAGUUCCGAAUACAUCUGAUUAUAGAAAUGUUGGCAAAGCAAUCUUUUGGAUGUCAUCUUAUAUAAAAGUGUGUGUGUGUACACACGCACAUAUUUUUUUUCACUUGGAAAAUUGAAAGAUGUUUUUAAGUAUGAGAAGUUCUGACUCAUUUUCCAUCUGGUUUAUGCCAAAGUAUUGAACCAUGCAUUUCACGUAUUAUAAUUUGGAGAGUUAACUUUUUAAAUCUUAAUACUGUUAAAACAGGAAUACUUUGGAAGUAGCUUGACAGAAGUUCUGAUCUAGGCAACCCCCUCCUCCCCUCCUUAAUGUAAUACAUUGUUGCUCUGCCGACUUCUGUCAAGUUACAGUGAUUUACACUAGCAAAGGAUCUGGCCUUAAAUUCAUCUUUAUUUUUCCUUUCUGUUCAUUAAGAUAAGUCUAAAGACAAGCUACAUUCCUCCUGCACUCUUCUGUUGUGUUCUAGAAAUCCCAUGUUUUGUACUGUAUGAUUAAAGAGGAAGACAGCUUAGUUUUUAUAAAAGCAAAAAAAAAAAGUUGUAGUGAAUUACAGUAUUGAACUUGGAGGAAAAUGUAAUUGCUGUUGAGUGGGGAAGCCACUUGACUUUAUUUGUCAUGUUACCUUUGGCAGCAGAGUAGGAAUCCAUGAGUUGUUUUCUUUAGGGAUUGUUGGCUUUAUUUUUUUUGUGCCUUUUUGCUAAAGAAAGAAAGGCAAGUCUCAGUAAUGUUCUUGUGUGUCCACCCAGAAUGGGAGUGGUAGCAAGCCCCAUCAGAACCAAACAAGCUGUCUUCAAACUGCUGUUUCUCUCCAGGAAACACUUGAUGUUGCUGUGAAGUUGUCUCCAAAAUGUCUAACUAUAAGGAUUUUUUUUCUUUUGCUGCUGAUGGUUAAUGGCGCUGUUCCUUUUCAAGAUGUCUCUCAUAUCCUGAGCAAUUCUCUUAGCAGCCAUACACAGAAAAGAGGAGAGCCCAGGAAGAUCUUCAUGAUGGUUUUCUCUUUCAAGGCCUGAUUUCAAAGCUUGCUUUUGAGUCUCUCUCAAUUGGGCUCUUAGAGAGCUAGGACUGUUCCCUUAAUUCAUCUGGUCAUUAGUAGCAAAUAACCUAGAGCUUUGCGCUGAAACCCAAGGGGAAUUUUUUGUCCUGUAUGUCACCCACGAUUCAACCCAUGGCUAUGUGUUUGCUGCCGUGGCCUGAGAAGCUUGAGGACGGCUCUCUUUGGGGCAGCUUUAAGUUCUGUCCUCGUUCAGGAUGGACAAGUACUCCUUGCAAGUGUAAACACAUUGUGUGUAUGGCUGACGGGAGGGCAGGAAGAGGAGAGGGAGGGUCCUCCCUUGAUUAACACUGGAUGAGAGUCAGGGACAGGUCAUCUUAAGCCAGUGGCAUCAUGCCGGAAGAAGCUGGUGUAAUAAAAACUGAUUUAUGCAAGUCCAGCUCUGUUGGCCAAAUGCUCAAAAGCCUAUGGGUUACAGGAGUACCAUAGGAAUGCUGAAACUGUGUGAGGAGUACCUGAAGGAGACAGCAUGUCCCCGUAUGCAAGAUGAACCAUGGAGCAUUAGGAUGGUUCACUGCUGACAGCCCUGCAGUGCAGGGGAAGGCACUAGGGAAUGAGCCUGCCCGUCCCCAAGUUGGAGAUGGCCAAUGAUACUUGUGUGUAGUGGGAUUUGCGCUCUUCCUCCACCGCGCUCGCACCCAGUCCCAAAUCGCUGGAGCUUAUUCUGACCAGCAGAAUAAGAGAGACAUUUUGUUGGUGCAUUUGGCCAGCUCUGACUUGACUGGGGUUCUACAGAACGUACUAGUGAAGAACCUGGGCUGGUGUAUUUAACUUUCUGAGGGCAAGGGAGGAAACCUGAAACCAAGAAACACAGGAGCAAAGGAACUUGGGCAGCUCAGUUGUUAGUAGUAAAUGGUGAAGUGUCCAGCUCAGCUCAGGCUAAUCGGAGCUUCCUUUAUAAAGCAAUCUAGUUUCCUGAUGCUGGCCUGUGACAUGUCAAGGUAGGUGUCAUCACUGCUGGCCAGCAGCUUCAGUUUUUCCUCAGCUCUGUUUGAGGAACAAGAGAAAAUGUGAAUACUGUAGGUGUAUUUCUGGGCUUCUCUCAAUAUACCUUUUCCAACUAAACUGAGCAGUUAGCUUGUGCGUGGUUUUUCAUCUCAAGUAACUUGCCAGUUGGUUGAUGCUAGCUUGAGGAAUGCUUGUGAUACUAUACUGUGAAAUACAAAGGAGGCUUUUAGCAUCAAAGCCCCAAUACAUGCUGCGUUUAUUGGUACCACUGUUAGUCGCAUACAGUCUGGAGACGGGGUGUGGUCCUGAAUUAGGGAUUUUGGGAAGGAAGGAGAAAGCAGGAUAAUGUGGAUGAAUCUCAUGUGAAUCCAAGUCACUUCACUGAAGUAAGCAGUUGCACUGGCAUAAAUGGGGAAAAGCAAAUCGCUCUGGUAACUGGAUUCACAAUAUGAUGUUCUUUGUGGGUGUACUUUUUAUUUUUACUUGAAAAGCUGAUGUCAGACAAUGACAUGAAGCUUAUUACCAAGCUCUGUUGUGCUAAAUCAUGUCCCUUACCUGGAAUGUCCAACCGCCGUUUCUUUGUGAAAAGUAUUUUGCACGUCUCUUUGCUGCUAGGAAGGAGCCGGUGCCUCUUUCCCACCAGCUGAUCAGUGAUAAAGGUGGAGGCAGGAGCUAAGGGUAAUUCAGAUCCAGCUUAUUAAACUUGCUAGACAGGGAAGAAAGGAAGAGUGGAGAAAGGCCUGGUUAUGCUGUUGAAAGAGCAUUUACAGCAAUUAAUGUCUUCUUUUUAGUUUUAUUAGGGAUUAGAUUUUCAGCCAGGGUUUUGGCAGGUUACAGGUCCUUCUUCAAGCACGCAGCUUUGCCUGAAGGCUUUGUUUAGCUUUGCAAAAAUGAGCUAAUAGUAUUCAGUAAACUAACAGUCCUGAUCCAAGACAUCCAGCAAGCACACAGUUUAAAUAGAACCAGGAGCACUUUGCUUAGAUGAGCUUCUUGCACUCAAUCUGGUAAGCAGUGGAGCUUGGCUACAAUCAGAAAACUGCAUCCCAGUGCCCAGUCUGAUUUCUUCCCCCCCCUUCAGCUCCAUCCACACACAUACACUACUUCUAAAUUCUUGGCAUGAUGAUCUACUCAUUGAACAAUGGAGCUGUGAUCCCUUACAGAAUCUAGACUUCACUUUUUUUAAUGCAUGUAAAAUAUAUUGUGCCGCUUGUCUUUGCAAUAAUAUGGUAGAAGCUUGGUAUGACUUUUUUUUUUUACAACUAACUAGACAAAGCCUUCAUCAUUCAGAUGCAACAAUUUAAGUCAUUUUUUCUUAAUGUCAGCUUGAAAAAUACCAAACUAAAUUUCUGUUGGCAGGCUCCGAGCCCAUUUGCAAAAACAACUGAAGUCCACUUUCACUGGGCCUAAGUGUUGCUCCCCCUCCUUACUGGUGAUCUGAUCCAUGACACUAGACCGUUGUUACCUGUAUUGAGUACUGUUCAAGUCAGUGGCCCUUCUACACCAUCAUAGGUGACCAGCUGAACAAAAUAAAGGUGUGGUGAACUCCCCAGGCUGGCUGUAAGCAAUAAGCAACGCAUGGAGCCAUUGGAGUCCAAGCAGGCUCUGCAACUCAAGGGCUCCCUGAACCUCCCUGCAGCAGCAGCAAGACUACAAGGAAAAGGGUCUGUGGCAUGACUACCUUCUCUCUGCUUGCUGAGGGCCUGCUUGUAUGUGUUUUGGAGCCACAAAUCAUUAAGGUUUUUCCUGGUUCAAUCCCUCCUGAAGGUAUUCACAGCCAGAAAGAUCUCUGGUAAGGGUUUCCUGCUGCUCAGUAGACAGUUGCCAAUCAAUCCUCUGACAAUCUUAAGCUUGUGUCUUUUGUGAACUGGAAGCGGUGGCUGUGCUUGCCAGCUCACCGCUGACUUGAAUUGGAGUUGCGUUAAAGCCCGUGCCUCAGAAAUGCUUACAAUCACAGUAUCUUUACUCAAGAAUUGAAGCAAGGCAAUCUGCUGGCCUCUGUGGGCCUCGUGGCCAUUGCAUCUUCGCAGUGACCAUCAUCAGUACCAGAAGGCAUGAGUGGCUGCAGUAUUAACCCGCACCUUGUGCAGUUCAGCGGAGAAUUCCCAAGAUUUGUAACUUUGUCUGAUCUCCCCUUCUGCCAGCUCAGUACUAUUGCAUAUGUGAUAAUAGUGUUAAGUUUACAGUCUUAUUCUCUUGAAGCCAGUGCACACUCAAUCUGCAACCUACAGUAUGCAUGGAGCCAUAUGGAAGACACUAAGCUUGUGAAAAAGCCCAUGUAAUCAAGCCUGAAAAACACUGCCUGAGGCAUAGCCUCAGUUACAUUAAUCAAGCAGGUAACAGAGAGCUCUAUGUAACUGUGAAACUCUAGACUCAGUCACUCCGAAGUGGUAAUGGGUAACAUGAACUAAGCUUCCACCAAAGACUCUCAUUUUGAAGAGGUGGGUUUUUUCUUUGUUUGUUUCUCAUCACAUUAAAUCAAAGCCUCAUUAAGAUACCUGAAGACUCCAAAGCAUUUUUACCAUCAGCGUUUUGACAGUGUGACCUUGUUUCACUGCUGAAAUACAUUCCUGAAUUAGGAUCAGCUGUGUUGGUGAUUCUAAUAAAUGAUGGCCUUUAAUAUUUGUUGUGUGUGUGCAGAAAGUACUUUACCUUGAUGUUAAAUCUAGAUUUGUUGACCAUGAAGUUGGGUAAAUUGCUGAUCACCCCUGCCCCCCCCCCCCAAAAGGGGGGAUUAAUAAUUUUUUUUUCUGCAGAUUUAGGGCGGGGUAAACAUUUUUCAUGAGUCCAGCUUGUUCUGGGUGAGGAAUUUUGAUCAGAAAAAACCCACUAGAUACAGUUGAUGCUGAAUCGUCUACACAUGAACUGAGAGAGUGAAAGAAUCAUAGUGUCUCAUUCUCCAAGACAGCUGAGAUUCUUUUAUUCUGCAGGAAGCCUGAGUUGGACUUAACUAUGCAUGGUAAGACCAGCGCUUCACUCAAACCCCUUUCACUAGGGUUCAUUCUUCACGGUGUUGGAAAUACCUCUGACUCAUAGGUGAAUGGGGUAAUUUUGUUGCACUCCAGAUGUGCUCCAUCUAUGUUUCUGACUAGUCUCUAUGAAGAAAUGUUUAAGUUGUAAACUUAUGUACAUUUAUUAAAACCAUAUCUGAUUAAA